AUGGACCCUUCUGCUCCCACUGCUCCUGCUGUCCCUGUCCCAGCCCUGGCCCUAAGUGUAGCUCCAGCUCUAGCACAGGCUCCCCUGGCACUCCCUGGCUUGUUAAGCCCAUCACCCCUUCCUUUCCCUGGACAAGAAGUAGAUGGGAGUAAAAGAGAGGUUUGUCUUUGGAGGCCCUGGCUGUGCUCUACAAAUGAUCUCCCAAGGCAGGUGAGGAAACUUGUACAUUUGGCCACUGGUGGGGCAACAAGUGCUGAGGUCAUCAAAGCUGACUCCAAGUUCCAUCACCCCGUCAGGCUCUUCUGGCCCAAAUCCCGCUCCUUCGACUACCUGUACAGUUAUGGGGAGAUUUUACUACAGAACUUCCCUGUCCAGGCAACAAUCAAUCUGUAUGAAGACUCAGACAGUGAAGAGGAGGAGGAGGAGGAUGAAGAAGAGGAGGAAGACUAA